AUGAUUGGCCUGAUAUCAAAAUUGAGUGAUCAUAAAUAAUAACGCGAGAGUUUGCAAGUUGCCUGCCGACUGUAGUCACAACUGUCAAAGGCAGCGGCGGCGGCGGAUACGCGCGUGACCCAGCGCCCAUAGCCUACUGUUACUGUACACGGUCGCGGAGAUAAUAUCCCUAUCAAACAAAUACACGGAAUAAUCCCGAGGUAAGGAGAGGAAUCGCGGGGCUGCGGCGAAACUGCGCGACGCUGUGCCUUCUUCUUCUUCUUCCCCUCCGCUUUUCUUUCCGUCGCGUUCACUUCUUCCACCCUCGAUUAUACUGCACUAAACAUAUCCCCGUGCCUCCUUUAGCAACAGCGCGAGGGUUUUUUUUUUUUUUUUUACUCCUCCUUCGUAUUAAAGUCGCCAUUUUGCUUCACUGCCUAUGAAAGCUUCUUGUAUUUUCAUAUUUUAUGCCGGCGUUUCUGCGUAUUUGUGCGCGUGCUUUUGAGUUGGAUUUUCAUACGAGAGAGCUCGUGGAUUACAUAUUAAUGAAGAGGGGCGCCGAGUGCAGUCUGGAAACACGGUGAAAGUGUUCGGCUUGUUGGCUUUUGCAUCAGCUUGCUCUUUUUUUCUUCUUCCUCCACCUUCUUCUUAUUCUUCAUCAUCAUCUCCCUCCUCGGACACGCACAGCGGGGGGCUGUGAGUGUGGCUACCGACCGUAACGCCCGUCUGUCCGUGACCCCCCGCGCGCCAGGUGUGUUUGCCAUGUAAAUCAAGCGGCGCGACGCGAGAGUAAAGGCUACAGCCUGACCCCACGUGGGUGACCCGCUCACCCGCCAGUGUCGGGUGGCUUUCCAGGCAUGGACACCUCCAGCGGUGCCCGGGUGGUGAAGCCUUCCUCGGUCAUGUCAAAGGGGCGCAAUGCCAAACAGGCCCACCCCGCCGAGAUGGCCCGAAUGUGCAGCACUGAAAACGACAAUCACGGUUCCUCCUACAUUGAGAAAUCAGAGAGCAAGAAGAAAGGGCGUCCUCGCGUGGAAGUGCAGGAGCUGCGCAUUAUUCCUGCCCAUAUGAUGGUUCAGUGGAAAGAGGAGUUUAAGAGUCGUUCCAGGGUGAAAUGUCCAAGCUCAGGCUGCUGGUUGGAAUUCCCCAGUAUUUAUGGACUUAAAUAUCACUAUCAGCGAUGCCAAGGGGCGACCAUAGCAGAGAAGCUGAGUCACAGAUGCCCAUACUGUGAGGCUGUAUUUGCCACCAAGGUGCGUCUUCAGAAGCACAAGCUGUGGAAUCAUCCAGAAAGAGUCACACUGGAGACCAGAUCCGAUCCCAAGUCCGAACCCAAACAGCAGAAAAGCCCUGUGAAGGGAAAUGCCAAAAAAAGGCCCAUGGAGAACAGCCCUCCAUCACCCUUAUUUUUCAAGGUGAAGAAGACCCAGGAGGUGUCGCAGCUCUUACAGAAUGGGGAAUGCGCCCCCCAGAGGCCGGACAGGAGACAGCGGCACAGCUCCCAGCAGCAGGGGACGUCUUUAGAUACAGGGUACAGUGAGAGCGAGGAGGACAGUCUGCCCCCACCCUUCCCUGAGGAGGACCCCGAGAGAAUGAAGCACAGGAGGAAGCAGAAAACUCCAAAGAAGUUCACCGGGGAACAGCCGUCUAUUUCAGGAACAUUCGGUUUGAAAGGAAUGAAUAAGGUGGAGGAGAAGUUAAAAGCAGGUCGGAUGAAGCGGGCGGAAGGGACUCUGUUUACCGAGGAGACGCAGAGAAAGCAAUCGGUUCAAGCUCAUACCAGAAAAGAUCCUGCUGCCAUCAGUUCAGUGCCCCCUGCUGAAGCCCAGUGGCAGAACACCAUCUCUGAGAGAGGGGAAGUGGUCUGUCCCACCUGCUCUGUUGUCACCCGCAAGACUGUCCCCGGUCUUAAGAAGCACAUGGAGAUCUGUCAGAAGCUGCGGGACGCCCUCAAAUGUCAGCAGUGUCAGAAACAGUUCCGAUCCAAAGCUGGACUCGAUUACCACAGCAUGGCUGACCACACUAAGCCCUCGGCAAGUGAGAAUGUGUCUGGGGAGGAGCAGGAGGAGAGAGAGAGGCUACGCCGUGUCCUCAAACAGACGGGCCGAAUCAAAUGUCCCAAUGAGGGCUGUUCAGCUCAUUUCUCCAGUCUGAUGGGUUAUCAGUAUCAUCAGAAGCGCUGUGGCAGAGAGCUGCCAGACACACAGAAGCCUGUCUUCCUGUGCCAGCACUGUGGUAAAACCUAUCGCUCCAAAGCUGGCCGUGACUACCACCUGCGCACUGAGCACCCCGUCAUUCACUCGCUCACAUCUGAGGACUGGAAACAAGAAGACAGUAAAGAUGAGGAGGAUGUGCUGGAGGAGGAGGACGACCCUGAUCUGAAAAAGGCCCGAGGGAAGGUAAAGGAGAGAGUAGAUGAGCAGCUGGAGAAGAUGGAGGAGAGGAAAGAGGAGAAAACAGAGGUGGAGGAGCUGCUGGAUUUGGAGAGGACGCCCAGCGGACGGGUGCGACGGCGCUCAGCUCAGGUGGCGGUUUUCCACCUGCAGGAGAUCGCAGAGGACGAGCUGGCCAAAGACUGGGGCAACAAACGCCGCAUCAAAGACGACCUUGUACCAGACAUCAAAAGGCUAAACUACACACGACCAGGCCUCCCAAACUUCAGCCCCGAAACUGUGGAGAGCUGGAAGAACGAGGUGAAGGAAAAAGGAUUUAUCUGCUGCCCAAAUUGCAACUGUGAGGCUAUUUACUCAAGUGUAUCUGGACUUAAAGCUCACUUGGCGAGCUGUAACAAGGGAGGGGGCGACGUAGGGAAGUACACGUGUUUGCUCUGUCAGAAGGAGUUUAACUCUGAGAGCGGCGUGAAAUAUCAUAUCAGCAAGACACACUCGCAGAACUGGUUUCGGGCAUCAACCAAUGAAGUGGCCAACAACAAGAGAAAAGAGCCAGAGAGCAAUGGCUUACAGAAGGACAUGAAAAACGUAGUGCCUGGGAAGAAGAGAGGACGAAAGCCCAAAGAUCACCACCUGGUGACAGCCUCCUUUCCAGCAGAGACUAAGAGCUUCACCUCUGCUCCAGCCCCGAUUCCUCCCCAGAUCAUAACCUCGGAAACCCGAACCCCUGCACCCAAGCCCAUCACCCACAGCCCAACCACACCCUCUGACCCAGUGGACAGUGGGAAUCCAGCCCAAGCCAGAGACACACCACCCCCUAUAAAGAAACGAGCCAAACCUAAGAAAGCUCUGGCCGCUGAGUAACACGGCUUUCCGAACUACAGCGGUAAACUUUAUUCAGUUCGGUCACGGAAAUGAAGGAAGACACAGAAGAAAGAUGAACGGAAGAAUGAGGGGAUGAAAAACAGCAGGAAACAACGAUUUGUAUUGAUUUCACACUGAUCUUUGUGUUUUUUAAGCUGAGUAUAUACAUUAUGUGUGUGCUUGUGUAUACUGAUAUAUAUUACUCCUGUUGGUUUUUCAUUCCAUUUUUAUAGUUCAUUUGUUCACUCUGAAGGGGUCAAUAACAUUUAAGCUCCCAGUUGAUAUAUUUUUUAGAGCAGAAGUUACGAAGUUACAUUUCUAUGUGAUUUUUUUUGGGUAGCUACAGUGAGUCAACAUGUCUGGUGGUUUCAUGAUGUGUUUGAACGAUUUUUUUUUUUUUUUAGAAUAUCAAACUCAUUCAGUUAGCAUGGUGAGCUAAUUUACUGCUAACAUUUUAUCACGGUAAAACUCUGCUGUGUAUAUAUAAUAUCUAUAUCUAUAUAUGAAUAUAUUCAAAGCAAUUCAUUUUCGUCCAUCGGUUUCAAACAAGGUUGGUCAUUGUUUAGGUUGCUUUUCCUCAGAUGUGUUUGGGUUUGUUUCGUCAGUGGCAGGGUUGGAAUUAGAUCGACGGCUGUUGUAACAGUGUGCUACUGUGCAAUAGUGUUGCUUUUGUGGUUUCUUGUCCUGUCUCUUGCUCGGAAUCGUGAGAGGUCUGAGCACGUAGCCUUGUGUAACUCCUUAUCCCGCAUCCCGUUGGGCUGUUUGCAGUAGUUUGUAGUUUGCUGCAGGUGACCUGGAGGUCUUUGUUAAAACCUUUAAAUGCUUUGAAAAUUGGUAGAGCUAUGUGCUUUCAUUUUGUCCGAUUGUUUUUUAUGGGAAUAUACUGUAAGCUUGUGAUGUUUAACUUAGAAGGAAUAGACAGUGCAGAUGAUUAGAGAACUCAAAAUCAAUAGCAAAAUGAAACGUUUGCAGCUAAUAGAUGACUACAAAUGUGUUGGCAGGAAAAAUAUAAUACGUCGAAGCACAGGAACGCCCUUUGACAUCUGUGAUGUCAUCAGUCCUUGCUUAAACUUGAGGGGCCGUUCACAAAAAGGGGCAGUGGAAGUUGUAUAAAAAUUUGAAUUUCUUUUAACUUAAGCGCCACACAUUUAGAUCACCAUGUCAUGCACAGGAUGCUGCAAAAGAUGUGGAAUGGUCAAACAUGUCCAUCCAGAGCAUGUUUACAUAGAAAAUCAGUGGAAAAAACGCAGUGGAAUGCAAAAAUGUGUUCUGUGUGAACGGCUCCUACGACUCAAACUGGCUCCAGUGAAAAUGAUAGUGG